UUUCUCCCACACGAAAGGACGUCCUCUCUUUUGAUUGGUUAUAAAAGACGUCGGCGAGGACGUGUUGCCCUUUCCGCGAGCGCUCUGAGCAUGGGCAUCCAUCCCCUUGGGGGUGUGUUGGGGGGGGUAUAGUUACCCCUGGCAGUAGCGCCCCGUCCUUUCCAUCUGGGGUUCCUCUUAAGGUCGCCCCUGGUGGGCGGCUCUAGAAUUUUGAAGAAGAGUUCAGGAACUCAGAGCGAACCCAAGUCAGCGGAAGCCUGCGCUGUGAGACCAGAAAGAUGGCGGCGGCAUCGGUGUCUGUGGCUUCUGAUUCUCAGUUCUCGAAUAUCUUAGCUGAACCAACAAAGUCUAAUGGAAAUAUGGUUCGUCGUUCUUCAUCUCCGUAUGUAUUAUAUCCACCUGAUAAACCUUUCCUUAAUAGUGAACUACGACGCUCCCCAAAUAAGCCUACACUUGCCUACCCAGAAAGCAAUAGCAGAGAGUAUCUUAUAUAUUUGGCAGCCAUAUUUUCUGCUCUGAAAAAUCUUCAAGAUAAGAUUCGGCGCUUGGAACUUGAGAGGAUUCAGGCAGAAGAAAGUGUGAAAACUUUGUCUAAAGAAACAGUUGAGUAUAAAAAAGUACUAGAUGAACAGAUACAAGAAAGGGAGAAUUCAAAGAACGAGGAAUCAAAGCACAAUCAAGAAUUGACAUCUCAGUUGCUAGCUGCAGAAAAUAAAUGUAAUCUUUUAGAAAAACAAUUGGAAUACAUGCGGAAUAUGAUAAAGCAUGCAGAAAUGGAGAGAACAUCUGUCUUAGAGAAACAGGUGACCCUAGAAAGAGAACGACAACAUGAUCAAACACAUGUUCAGAGUCAGCUUGUAAAACUGGAUCUUCUGGAACAAGAAUAUAACAAACUUACCACAAUGCAAGCCCUUGCAGAAAAAAAAAUGCAAGAAUUGGAAGCAAAACUCUUUGAAGAAGAACAGGAAAGGAAACGUAUGCAAGCUAAGGCAGCUGAGUUGCAGACUGAUCUAGAAACAAAGAGGCUUACUUUUGAAGAUAAAACAACUUCAUAUGCUCCCACCACAAAAAAAAUUAAAAAAAAGAAGUCAAAACCACCAGAGAAGAAAGGACCUGUUAACUGUUUUGGUGCACAACCUCAUUAUAGAUUAUGCUUGCGUGAUAUGCCAUUUGUGGCUGGAAAGUCCACUAGUCCUAGCCAUGCUGUAGUAGCUAAUGUUCAGCAUGUCUUGCAUCUAAUGAAACAACACAGUAAAGUAUUGUGCAAUGAUCGAGUAGUGAACAACAUUCCUACGGCAAAACAAGUAUCUUCACGAGGUAAUAGAAGUAAGAAGUCAGCAACACCUCCCUCUUCCAGCAGCAUCAGUGAAGAAUUGUCAGAAGUCUUACAGACUUUACAGGAUGAGUUUGGCCAGAUGAGCUUCGAUCACCAGCAGCUUGCAAAACUUAUACAGGAGUCACCAAACACUGAACUGAAAGACAGCUUAGAGUGUGAACUGGAGGUAUUAGUGGGAAAGAUGGAAGCAAAAGCCAACCAAAUAACUAAAGUUCGAAAAUACCAAGCACAGCUAGAGAAACAGAAGCUAGAGAAUCAGAAAAAGGAACUUAGAGCUAACAAAAAGACUCUUGAUGAAGAAGGAAACAGCAGUAGCCGUUCUUCAGGACUCGCAGGGACCCUAAGUAAAAAGGAUUUUGCCAAACUGAGACCUGGAGAAAAAAGCAGGAAAAAUCUUCAGUUAUUGAAGGACAUGCAAACCAUACAAAAUUUAUUGCAAAGCAGUAAUGUGUGUUGGAAUUACUGACUGCUCACAAAAGGUCAUAAAUUUUAUUCAGAUAAUCUGUACCUCAUCGAUCAGAUAUCGACAAUUUACUUUCCAGGUUUCAUGCUCACUAAUGUUGGAAUAGAAGGUGUUCAGGCCUAGGCUUCAUUACACAGGUUUGUUGUGUUUUGCCACAAAACUGAAUUUUAAACUAUGUACGUAAAUGAAAAUCAAGGGAGUUUUAAAACUUGAGAAGCCACAUUCAUUCUUUAAAAGUACACUGUACUGGUAUAUUGCACUUUGUAAACAAGUUACCAAUUUUUUACUUGUGGUGUGAUUUUUUAAAAAAAUUCUUUCUAUAUAUAUAUAUAUAUAUUAGGUUUAAAAUUUUCAAAAUACAAGACUGGCCCACAGGCAGCAUUUGCUUGAAGUCUCAUUUUUAAAUCUUCCCUGGCAUCAAGUGCCGACUUUACUUUUUUUGUACAACUAUUAAAUAUACUUUGACUAUUGAUGGAUAUUUUCUAUAUUUAAGUAUUUAUAUAUUUAAGAGGAUUUUCGUUUGUUUUGGUAUUUUAAUCAAUGAUUAGUAUUAAAUGCGUUUCUAUUGUUUUUUUCAAUAUACUUUAAAAUUUUUUCAAAGAUCCAAGUUCUCAUUUAAAUCAGAUCACUUACCUAUAAAAUUAUAAAUGCACUUUUAAGAAUAUAGAUUGUUAAUGCAACAAGAUUUUACAAAAAGGUGAGCUAGAAGGGAGCUGUUGUGAAGCAGUGCACAUUUGCAGUUUUGCAAUUCCUUUUUGUAAUCAUGUUAUUCAGUCAAGGCAUUGUGGUUUGAAUUUUGAAACUUAAGAUAACCCCUUGAGUAUUUGUCUUUGGUGAACAUGACUGCAAUAAGAACUGUACACAUAUAAUUAUCAUAUCAAUGUAAAUCUGAAUAGAUCAAGAUGUGUUGACUUUUUAUAAUUUUUCCACUGGAGUCAAUAAAGCAGCUUUUUAAAAGGAAACUGAAAUUUUACUUAGCCUGAUAACAAAGGCUUUAUUGUAAACUAAAAAAUAAUUCAUACUGUAUAUACUGUCCAACACUUAAUUUGCCAUUCUCAUUCUUACAUAAAAACUAAGCCCACGAAAACUGAAUUACCUCAUAAUGUGGAAGAACCUUUUAAGAGGGUUAUAAUGAGCAUAUGAGCCAAAUAUGACAGGAAUUCCUUUUAUGUGCCUCCUUGGGAACUGAGAUGGAGGAUAAGUAUUAUAUCUAAAUAACAUGAAUUUUUCUAGCUGAUUACCAGACUUGUCAAGCUUCUUUUUAAAAUUUUCUUCAGUUAGGAGUUAAUUUAGUAUGCUUACAUAGAUGACAUUUGUGAAUCUCCUGACAUUGUAAAUAAACUUUUGCUUGUGUGUACAAAUUUCCUGACAAGCAGGUUUGUAAUGAAUCAGUGAUGAGUCCAUAGACCCAAGGAAGAUGAGAAAGUGCUCUAAUGACCUGGUAAACAUUUCGUGUGUCUCAUGUCCCAUUUCAGUCAUUAAACUUUUGUAAUCUCCUUGUUGUAGGUCAUUAAAUUGUACAAGCUAUCACUUGAACAGUUGUCUCCAACUCCUAAUUAGAAGAAUGAUUGAAAGAUGCUAAAUCCUACUGCCCCUAGGCUAGGAUUCAAAUUGUACCUUCUCCAGCUUUCAAUACUCUUAUGUGAGAACUGAAAAAAUACUAAUUUUCUUACAUGGUUUACAAUGGAAGAAUAUGUCCAUUUAUGUUAUAGCAAAACUUACUGCAGUGCAUUUCAAGUCUGUUCUGUGUGUAAGAUGCCAGCAUGGACACCAAGCUGAGUGCAUCAAAGAUUCAUGAUCAGACAUUUGAAUUACCUCGAUACAGUGUAGUGAAUGUAGUGCUAAAGGCCAUGUACACUGCUGAAGGGACACACAGGAAGGCAGGGUAUGUCAGAGAAGGAAGUGAUGGAAUAACUUUCUGGAGGUAGAGAUGAUGCCUAAACUGUAGAAAACAGGAACUAAUCACAAGGAUGAACAAUUCAAAAGUGGGUUGUAUCUGCAGUUUACAUGGGAGAAUUGUGAAUACAGUAACUGCUAACAGUUGAAGUAUGCAGAGCAGAAUAGAGGCAUGGGCAGAGAAUAGAUUAUGGAAAGCUGAGCAGCUUCAACUUUAUCAUGCUUGUCUCUAAAUUUUGUAUACUUGAUCAUAAAAGAAAAAGUACACUGUACAAUGCAGGUAUAAAGUUGAAAAAUAUGUAAUUGUCAACAAAAUACUAGGUUAUGUGUAAAUACAUAAAUGUGCUAAUGUGUUUCUUUUACACAUAUGCCCGUGGCUUAUUUUAAGUGCUUAAAUGCAUACCAUACAACUGUGCCUGGUAGGUUCACUAAGGGAAGCUACUGGAAUGUUUUGAACAGAAAUGUGAAAAUUUCGACUUAAGGCUAGGAUGCUUUGCUUUGAUCUGUUUAGCAUUCUUUUGUUGUAUCACAUUACAAGGCAUAAUUGGAGAAAUAGAAUAGCAAAUGAAUCUUUGAAAUACUUGAUCUCGUAGCUUUGAUACUGAUUGGCCAUUUAAAUACUGCUUAAAUUUUCUUAGAGCAAAUUUAACACAAUGACCAAAUCAUUUUGGUACCAACUUUGCUAGUGUUGGAUGUACUAAGUAGAAACCAUGAAUCUUUAUUGCAAGAUGAACUGCAUAGCUAAGUUUUAGACUAUAUCAAAUAAGUGUAAAAAUGCUGUAUUUCAAAUUCAACAUUUCUAGGGGUUAAAAGAACAAGAUAAUCAGCUCUGGA